AUGGCUAUCAGCAAUAACAAAUUGCCAACCCCACCGUUUUGUUCUGUCCAGGGCUCCCCUUACGACGCCCAUACGACGGGGAUGACCGGAGCCAUCAGCUACCACCCGUACGGCAGCCCUGCCUACCCCUACCAGCUCAACGACCCCGCGUACAGGAAGAACGCCACCCGCGACGGCACCCUCAAGGCCUGGCUCAACGAGCAUCGCAAGAACCCCUACCCCACCAAGGGCGAGAAGAUCAUGCUGGCCAUCAUCACCAAGAUGACCCUCACCCAGGUCUCCACCUGGUUCGCCAACGCCCGCCGGCGGCUCAAGAAGGAGAACAAGAUGACCUGGGCCCCGCGGAACAAGAGCGAGGACGAGGACGACGACGAAGGCGACGGGGCGAGGAGUAAAGAGGAGAGUCCCGAGAAGAGGCCCGAGAGCAACGAACCCUCCGCGGAGGACGAAGGUGGGCGCGGGAGCCAGACCCUGGGGCAGGGCUGCCAGCCUGCGCCGCUCUCCUCGACCACCCCCGCCUCCGCCCCGCACAGCGCUGCCUACUCGCCCUCCUCCCUCCUGGGGAGGCAUAUUUAUUACACCUCACCUUUUUAUAGCAAUUAUACAAACUAUGGGAACUUUAACGCGCUCCAGAGCCAGGGAAUCCUGAGAUACAACUCCGCGGCAGUGGCUUCAAACGAGGGACUAACUCAGACUGUCCUAAAUGCCAGCUCUGUCCACAAGCAGAGCAGUGACUCUUUGAAAACCAUCACUAACCAGCUAGAACAGCAUUACAGGCCCUCUAGUUAUGACUCGAAGAAAGAUCCCACUGAAGUCUGCACAGUAGGAGUACAACCAUACCUAUAG